GCAGCAGCAGCCUCCUUCUGCUUCACUUCCGUCCACUGAGUUGGUCCAGCUAGACCUACUCAGGUUGCAACCAUGGGGCCGGGACUCUCUGCAAGAUUAACUUGGAUCUGCUUGUUGCUGAUUAGCGGUGCUGCUAGCCUGCCGGUCCAACAUGGCAACAGGUCUACGGACAAGGACACCACGGACUCGCUUGCCGGGGCCGUCUCGCCAAAGGAUCAGCCUCAAAGCUCCGACGUCCCCGCUGAAGCGGAUGAACCGGCGAAGCCCACAGCCGACACAAAGGGAGCUUCGAGUGUUUUGUCACGAGAGACCAUGACCUACGACCACAACGCCAACAAGAUAUCGAGUGGUCCCGUGCCGCAAGCUGACGUUCCCGUUGCCAGUGACAAACUCAGACCCCAAUCUGCUGAUUCAGGUGCGAGUCCUGUUUGGAAAGCGUACAAACCUCCCAGCUACCCACCCUUCGCUGCUGGUGGUCUACAAGAAGGUCCUGUCGAUGCCAAGCAACAGCCAGAAUCUAAUCUAGAUGACAAUGACUCCGUGUGGUCAGGUGUCGAGCCACGCUCCAGCUUAAAAGGGAGUUGGAAGCAGCAGGAAGCAUCUCUUCCAGGUGCUCGUGUGCACCCAGGAUGGCCAAGGUACGAUUUAGCUUCAAGUGGUCAAAAAGCCAGUCCUAAUUCUGGGAUACAGCAGCAAUUCCAUCAAGGUGUUCAUGAGUCCUCAGGAUUGUCAGGUAAAGACACCGCUUCCAGUUCCAAAACUUCAACUAGUUACCAAGCCAAAAAAAAUAUUCUCAAGCACCCAGGAUGGUCAAGCUAUGACUCCAAAUCUUCUAGCCACCAAACAUCCAAUCCAGCUGUUCACAUGCACCCUGAAUGGUCAAACCAUGGCUCUGACUCGUCAACUGUUGGGCUGAAACAACCAACCCAUGUUCAUGUGCACCCAGGAUGGUCAGGCUAUGACUCUUCCGGUCAGCAGACUUCUAAUCCAGCUGUUCACCCAGGAUGGUCCGGCUAUAGUUCGUCUUCUGGCCAACAAACAUCUAAUCCAGCUGCUCAUGUGCACCCAGGAUGGUCAAACUAUGACUCCUCCAGCUCUAAAUCUUCCACUGGUGGUCAACAUGCUCAUGUGCACCCUGAAUGGUCAAGCCAUGGCUCCGAAUCUUCUAGCCACCAAACAUCCAAUCCAGCUGUUCACAUGCACCCUGAAUGGUCAAGCCAUGGCUCUGACUCGUCAACUGGUGGGCUGAAACAACCAACCCAUGUUCAUGUGCACCCAGGAUGGUCAAACUAUGACUCUUCCAGCUCUAAAUCUUCCACUGGUGGUCAACAUGCUCAUGUGCACCCUGGAUGGUCAAGCCAUGGCUCCGACUCGUCAACUGGUGGGCUGAAACAACCAACCCAUGUUCAUGUGCACCCAGGAUGGUCAGGCUAUGACUCUUCUUCUUCCGGUCAGCAGACUUCUAAUCCAGCUGUUCACCCAGGAUGGUCCGGCUACAGUUUGUCUUCUGGCCAACAAACAUCUAAUCCAGCUGCUCAUGUGCACCCAGCAUGGUCAAGCUAUGACUCUUCCAGCUCUGAAUCUUCCACUGGUGGUCAACAUGCUCAUGUGCACCCUGAAUGGUCAAGCACAGACUCUUCAACUGGAGCUUUGAAACAAACUUCCCAUCAUGUGCACCCUGACUGGCCAGACUAUGGUUCCUCUUCUAGCUCCAAAUCCGGCCAACAAACAUCCCAUCCAGCGGUUCACAUGCACCCUGACUGGUCAAGCUAUGGCUCUGAAUCUUCAACUGGAGGUCUGAAACAUCCAUCCCAUCAACAUGCUCAUGUGCACCCUGAAUGGUCAAGCCAUGAUGCCUCCAGCUCAGAAUCUUCAACUGGAGGUCUGAAACAACCAACCCAUGUUCAUGUGCACCCAGGAUGGUCAGGCUAUGACUCUUCCUCAUCUGGUCAAACUUCUAAACCAGCUGCCCACAAACACCCCGGAUGGUCAGGCUAUGGUUCUUCUGGCCAACAAACCUCUGAGCCAACUGCUCAUGUGCAUCCGGCGUGGUCAAGCUAUGACUCUUCCACUGGUCAACAUGCUCAUGUGCACCCUGACUUGUCAGGCAAUAGUUUCUCUUCAAGCUCCAAAUCUGGCCAACAAACAUCCAAUCCAGCUGCUCAUGUGCACCCUGAAUGGCCAAGCUAUGAUUCUAGCUCUAAAUCUUCUGGAGGUCUGGAACAAACAUCCAAUCAACAUGCUCAUGUGCACCCAGGAUGGUCAGGCCAUGACUCUAGCUCAAAAUCUUCCACUGGUCAAACAUCCCAUCAACAUGCUCAUGUGCACCCAGAAUGGUCAAGCUAUGGUUCCAAAUCGUCUGGCCACCAAACAUCCAAUCCAGCUACUCGUGUGCACCCUGAAUGGUUAAGCUAUGGCUCUGAAUCUUCAACUGGAGAUCUGAAACCAUCUCAACAUGUCCAUGAGCACCCAGGAUGGUCAGGCUAUGACUCUUCCUCUUCUGGUCAACAAACUUCUAAACCAGCUGUUCAUGUACACCCCGGAUGGUCAGGCUAUGACUCUUCUAGCUCUAAAUCUUCAACUGGUGGUCAACAAACUUCCCAUCAGCAUGCUCAUGUGCACCCUGAAUGGUCAAGUUAUGGUUCUUCUAGCCAACAAACUUCCAAUCCAGCUGUUCAUGUACACCCCGGAUGGUCAGGCUAUGACUCUUCUAGCUCUAAAUCUUCAACUGGUGGUCAACAUGAUGCUCAUAUGCACCCUGAGUGGUCAAGCUAUGGUUCCUCUUCAAGCUCCAAAUCAUCUGGCCAACAAACAUCCAAUCCAGCUGCUCAUGUGCACCCUGAAUGGUCAAGUUAUGGCUCUGAAUCUUCAACUGGAGGUCUGGUAAAACCAGCCCAUAUUCAUCCCGGAUGGUCAGGCUAUAGCUCCUAUUCUGGUCAAACUUCUAAACCAGCUGUUCAUGAACACCCCGGAUGGUCAGGCUAUGGGUCCUCUAAAUCUUCCGCUGGUGGUCAACAUGCUCAUGUGCACCCUGAAUGGUCACGAUAUGGUUCUUCUUCUAGCCAAACAUCCGAUCCAGCUGCUCACAUGCACCCAGAAUGGUCUAGCUAUGGACACUCCAGCUCACUGGACCCUAGUGAGAAUUCUUAUAGCUCUUCAGGAUCCUAUCACUCUGGUAGUGUUCCAAACAAGAACCUUCAUGGUUGGAACAGACCUGAGUGGGCUCCAAUGUAUUCAGCAGGAACCGAUGUGUUUGCCUUCAACCCGAGUCCUCCCAGCACGCCUUGGUUGUCUGGCCAGUCCAGCUCUGCUCCUGAAUACUCGCCAACAUCCAUCGUCCAAUCCAGAUCCGGCUACCAACAUGCGCGAGAUGAAUUUGCCAGGAUGCAAUAUUCCCAGGCUGAUGUUCCGUCAGGCUUCUCCAGAACUGUGAGCUACCAAAGUGCCCCGAAGAACUGAGGAACGUGUGGUUUGGGUUUAUGUGGAUUAAGAUUUAAUAAAAAAAACUUCAACUUGA